AUGGACCGUGGUGCUAUAGCGAGCAAUGGUGUCAAUGGAAGGACCAGGAGUUGUAAUGAUAAGGGCAAAUGCAACCCUGCAACUGGGAUUCAGGGACAUUUCAAUCUAAGCAAUUUCGAAGAUGGUGUGUUGUCAUCUUCAUUUAUGGUUGGACUUCUUAUUGCAUCACCAAUCUUUGCUUCAUUAGCAAAAAGUUUCAAUCCAUUUAGACUUAUUGGAGUAGGCUUAACUGUUUGGACUAUUGCAGUUCUUGGUUGUGGAAGUUCCUUUGCCUUUUGGUUUAUCGUCUUAUGUCGCAUGUUUGUUGGUGUAGGUGAAGCUUCUUUCAUCAGUCUUGCAGCUCCGUUUAUAGAUGAUUAUGCUCCUCACAAACAGAAAGCUGUGUGGCUUGGUGUGUUUUACAUGUGCAUACCAAGUGGUGUUGCUUUGGGCUAUGUCUAUGGCGGAUACGUUGGAAAACAUUUUAGUUGGCGCUAUGCGUUUUGGGGAGAAGCUGUUUUAAUGGCUCCAUUUGCUGUUCUUGGUUUCUUGAUGAAACCUCUACAGUUAAAAGGGUUUCCUUCUACUGAUUCUAUAAAGAUGGCUUUAUCAGUUGACGCAGAGACAUCUAAAAACAAGAAUCAUCUUCAAGCUGGUGGUAAUGAGAUUGAGGUCUCCAUUGAAUCUUACAAGUCAAGUUACAAGAACUCAAUUUCGAAAUUGUUUACUCAAUUUGGGAAAGACAUGAAAGUUCUAUGUAAAGAAAAAUUCUUUGUUGUUAAUGUCUUAGGUUAUGUAUCAUACAACUUUGUUAUUGGAGCAUACUCAUAUUGGGGACCAAAGGCUGGUUAUAACCUUUACAAAAUGAAAAACGCCGAUAUGAUCUUUGGGGCAGUAACUAUCAUUUGUGGGAUCAUUGGGACAUUAUCAGGAGGGUUUAUACUUGAUCGUGUCACUGCAACAAUUCCAAAUGCUUUCAAGGUGAAGAAGAAAAGCUUUUUCUCUCUUUUUGCUUUCGGAUUUUGA